GGCGGAAGUGUCCACCCACGGCAGCCUAGUUGCCGCCUUGGUAACCGCGUUCUCCGCCCCUCGCCGCGUCAUCGCUCCGAGCCCGCUCUCAGCUGCCAGCGCGGGCGCCACCCGAGACCGCGGGUCCCGGUUGCCGCCCCCUCAGGAGCCACCAUGUUGGUGAUACCCCCCGGACUGAGCGAGGAGGAGGAGGCUCUGCAGAAGAAAUUCAGCAAACUCAAGAAGAAGAAAAAGGCACUGCUGGCCCUGAAGAAGCAAAGCAGCAGCAGCACGUCCAGCCAGGGCGGCGUCAAACGCUCGCUGUCAGAGCAGCCUGUGGUAGACACGGCCACAGCCACAGAGCAGGCAAAACAGCUGGUGAAGUCAGGAGCCAUCAGUGCCAUCAAGGCCGAGACCAAGAACUCAGGCUUCAAACGUUCCCGAACCCUAGAGGGGAAGUUAAAGGACCCCGAGAAGGGGCCGGCACCCACCUUCCAGCCGUUCCAGCGGAGCGUGUCAGCCGACGACAACCUGCAGGAGGUAUCAUCCAGACGUCCCCAGAGGAAAUCUUUAUACGAGAGCUUUGUGUCUUCUAGUGAUCGGCUCCGGGAACUGGGGCCAGACGGAGAAGAGGCAGAGGGACCUGGGGCGGGCGAGGGUCCUCCUCGCAGCUUCGACUGGGGCUACGACGAACGCAGUGGUGCCCGUGCCUCGGCCUCCCCUCCCCGAAGCCGCAGCCGCGACCGCAGCCACGAGCGGAACCGGGACAAAGAUCGGGACCGCGACCGGGAGCGGGAGCGGGACAGAGACCGAGAGCGCGACAGAGAGAGAGAUCGGGACCGGGACAGAGACCGGGACAGAGAUCGAGACAGGGACCGGGACCGGGACCGAGACAGGGACCGGGACCGAGAGGGGCCCUUCCGCAGGUCGGACUCAUUCCCAGAGCGCCGAGCGCCACGCAAGGGGAACACGCUCUAUGUCUACGGGGAGGACAUGACGCCCACGUUGCUCCGUGGCGCCUUUGCGCCCUUCGGGAACAUCAUCGACCUCUCCAUGGACCCCCCAAGGAACUGUGCCUUCGUCACCUAUGAGAAGAUGGAGUCGGCAGAUCAGGCGGUGGCCGAGCUCAACGGGACCCAGGUGGAGUCCGUGCAGCUCAAAGUCAACAUAGCCCGCAAACAGCCCAUGCUGGACGCUGCCACCGGCAAGUCCGUCUGGGGCUCCCUCGCUGUCCAGAACAGCCCUAAGGGCUGCCACCGGGACAAGAGGACCCAGAUUGUCUACAGCGACGAUGUCUACAAGGAGAACCUUGUGGAUGGCUUUUAGGGCGUGAAGCUGGAGCCCCCAGUGCCCGUCUCAGUCUCAGUAAAACACCGAGGUGGAA